UGAUAGUGAAUCAGAUAGUGACGUGGUUAACACCGAUCAAGUGUCUUACGUGUACAUCAAAGAAUUGAUUCAUCUGGAUUUUAUUUGGAUUCUGGUUUUCGAGGCAUUCAGAAUAAAAAUGUUACAAACGAGCGAGCCGGCCGAUAAAAUGUGCGAGAACGAUAAGUCAGUCAAGUGCGAGAACGCAGAGGAAGAGGACGACGACAUGUACGAACAAGAUUUGCUCGAGGAUGCCCAGUGGAAACGGACGCAGCAGAACACGUUCACGAGAUGGGCGAACGAGAAGCUGAAAACGGUGAACAGACAGAUCGAUGAUUUGGAAUGUGAUUUGUCCGAUGGCCUUCUGCUGAUCAGUUUGAUCGAGGUGCUCGCGCAGAAGAAGCUACCGAAGCACAGUCAAAAACCAGUGUUUAGAUCACAGAAGUUGGAGAAUGUGUCGGUGGCAUUGAAAUUUUUGGACGACGAGGGGAUAAGGAUCGUUAAUAUCGAUUCGUCGGACAUCGUCGAUUCGAAAUUAAAGUUAAUUCUGGGCCUAAUAUGGACGUUAAUUUUACAUUAUUCGAUAUCGAUGCCUCUGUGGAACGGGGAGGAGGUGUCCCAGUCCGAGGGGCCGAAGCAAAGGCUGAUCAGUUGGAUAAAGAGCAAGGUCCCAGAAUUACAGAUCAAUAAUUUUACCACCGAUUGGAACGAUGGCCGUGCGAUCGGUGCUUUGGUCGACGGAGUCGCAUCUGGCCUCUGCCCCGAUUGGCCGAAUUGGAAUAAAGCUGAUGCAAUUCAAAAUGCGUCCGAAGCGAUGCAAUUGGCCGAUGAUUGGUUGAAUAUACCUCAGCUUAUCAAACCAGAGGAAAUGGUUAAUCCGAAUAUAGACGAGAUGUCGAUGAUGACGUAUCUUAGUCAAUACCCGAACGCGAAAUUGAAGCCUGGGGCACCUCUUCGACCACGCGCCAAUAGGAACAGUAUCCCGCCACCGCGAGUACGUGCUUAUGGGCCUGGUAUUGAACCAACCGGUCCGGUUAUAGGAGCACCGGCUAACUUUACCGUCGAAACGUUUUCUGCUGGUAAAGGGGAUGUUGACGUCAUCGUAGAAGAUCCUGAAGGAAACAGAAUACCGGUGGACGUGAGAUUCAACAAGGACAAAAACCUCACCUAUUCCGUGUCGUAUACCCCGAAGAAGGAAGGGCCGCACGCGAUAAAAGUGCUAUUCGCUGGGAGGGAAAUACCGAAGAGUCCUUAUACGGUGAACGUGGAGGCAAAGGGAGGGGAUCCCGGUAAGGUUACGACAAGUGGGCCGGGAUUACAGCCAGAGGGAGUUAUGGCGAACAGACCCACUUACUUCGAUAUCUUCACAAAGGCCGCUGGACGCGGUGUGCCGGAAGUUAUCAUCCUGAACGCGCAGGAAUCGGAGACGAUGGUGCCAGUGAGAUUGCGGCAACCUUUGCCAGAAGUGUGGGCAUGCGAGUACACUGCCCCCAAGAAAGGCUCGUAUUCCGUAAAUGUGUUCUUUGCCGGAAAACCGAUACCCGGAAGUCCUUUCAACGUUAAAGUAGGCUCAGUCUCGGACACGAAAAAGUGCAAAGCCUAUGGACGAGGCUUGUUACCGAACGGGGUUCGCGUCCAAGACGAUGCGGAUUUCGUUAUCGUGACGAACGACACGACAGGGGACGACCUGCCCAUAGUUAAGAUCAUCGGUCCAGGAGGGAUUAAUCAACCUGUACACAUGACCAAAGUCGAUCAGAAGACGCACAAGUGCAACUACAUGCCGAACAAAGAGGGGAGGUACGUGGUGAUGAUCACGUACGGCGGGAAGGAAAUUUCCAAGUCGCCUUUCGAGGUGAACGUCGGCCCUUACAAGGACUCGUCGAUCAGGGUGUGGGGCCCGGGGUUGCGCACCGGGAUCGUCAAUCACACGGCCAAAUUUUUCAUCGACGCGAAGAAGGAGAACGCCGGCCUCGGGUUCGCGAUCGAAGGCCCAUCCGAGGCGAAAAUAUUUUGCCAGGACAACGGGAAUGGAACCGGCGUUAUAUCUUAUCUGCCAACCGCCCCCGGCCAAUACGCGGUCCGCAUAUCGUGCGACGGCGAGGACAUACCCAAGUCACCCUACAUCGUCGACAUUUUACCGAAAGGUGACUUCGAUCCUGACAAGGUUGAGGUGUACGGUCCGGGAGUGGAAUCUUUGCUCAGCGGGAAACCAACGAAUUUUACCGUGGACGUGAGAAAAGCUGGCCAAGCACCUUUGGAAGUGAUCGUUCAGGACGGGGACGGGAGAGACGUGCCCGUUCGUCUGGAGGACAAGCACGAUGGAACGGUCCAGUGUCAUUACACCCCUGUAUCCAAUUCGGAUCACGUUGUAAUGGUGGUGUACGGAGGGGUGGCGACAAAGUACUCUCCUUACAGAGUGAAAGUGGAGGGGCUCGUUAAUCCUUCGAUGGUGACGGCUUACGGGCCCGGGCUGGAGAAAGGGGUGAAGUCGAACGUGCCCACCCAUUUCACCGUGAAUUGCCGCGAUGGCGGGCCGGGCGAGCUUCGGGUGAGCAUCAAGGACGGCGAGGAGAAGGAGAUUCCGUUCUCGGUCACCGACAACAAGGACGGCACGUACACUGUCACGUACGUGGCAAGGGAGCCAGGCGCCUGCGUCGUAAAUUUGAAUUACGGGGGCGUCAAUAUACCCCAAUCCCCCAUAAAGGUUAACGUGCAAUCGAGCGUCGACGUAUCGAAGGUCAAAGUGGACGAUCUUGCGCGAACCGCUCCUGUGAACAGCUUGCAGCAAUUCCGCGUAUUGACCCAGGAAGCGGGCAGGCCGGCGGACUUUCAGGUGACGAUCACGGCUCCGUCGGGGAAUCGCGUCAAGGCCCACGUGGUCCCGACCCACGAGGGUUACCUGGUCAAUUUCACGCCCACGGAGCUCGGCGAAUACCUGUUGGCGAUCAGUUUCGGCGGCGAGCCUAUAACGAACCAGCCGUACCGAUUGACCUGCGUGCACGGCUCCGACCCGGAGAAGGUGCGUGCUUCCGGGCCGGGCCUCUCCCACGGGGUGGUGAACAAGCCGGCCGAGUUCGUGAUCGACACCCGUGGCGCUGGCCAAGGUAACCUCGGCGUCACCGUCGAGGGCCCAUGCGAGGCUGCCAUCAAUUGCCGCGACAACGGCGACGGCACGUGCUCCGUCGCUUACCUGCCGACCGAGAUCGGCGAUUACGGUAUCAAUAUCACGUUCAACGAGAAGCACAUACCUGGAUCGCCGUUCCAGGCGAUCGUCGUCAAAGACGUGGACGUGUCGAGGAUAAAGGUCACCGGAACCGGGAUCCAACCGAACGGUCCGUGCGUUAAUCGUGCAACGGAAUUCACGGUGGACGCGCGAGCCCUUGCGAAAGGGAAGAACGAGCUGGACAAAGUUUCGUGCAGGAUCAACAAUCCGAGCGGGAACACGACCGAGAAAGUGAUCGCUCUGCAAAGUGACGGGACGUAUUGCGUGAGUUACGUGCCGUUCGAGGAAGGGCCCCACACCAUAGACAUACGUUACGACAACGUGCCGGUGCCUGGCUCGCCGUUUUCCGUCAACGUUCAAUACCGCAGCGACCCGAGCAAGUGCAAAGCGUACGGGCCCGGUUUGGAGAAGGGGUUCGUGAACAAGUACAACGUAUUCGUCGUGAACACGAAAGAUGCUGGAAACGGGGGUUUGGCUAUAUUGAUGGAGGGGGAUGACGGUUCGGAGGUGAUUUGCAAGGAGAACGACGACGGGACGUGCAAGGUGCAAUACUACACGUCGGCGCCCGGCGAAUACGAGAUAUCCAUCAAGUUCGCGGAGCAGCACAUUCCCGGAUCCCCUUUCCAAGUGUUGGUCGUGGACGAGACGCAGGCGAGCAACGUGACCGCUUACGGGGCGGGGCUGGAAACGGUGAGAGAGGGGAUACCCACGAAAUUCAUAGUGAACACGUCGAAGUGCAAUUCGGCCCAACUGGAUGUAAUGCUGAAAACGAACAAGGGCCGCGUUCAAAAGCCGGUGAUUAAAAACUGCGGGAACGGUGUAUACGAGGUCACGUACCAGCCGCCGGCCGCUGGAAGCAAUUUGCAAGUCGGGGUCAAUUUCGACGGCGAAAAUAUACCAGGAAGCCCCUUCAAACCGAUAGUUUUGCCCACUGUCGAGCCAAACAAGGUCGUGGUCUCGGGUCCCGGGGUCUCGCCCGUUUGCACCGCCUCCUUCCCCGUCGAUUUCAUAGUGGACACCUCGAAAGCUGGAUACGGGGAUCUCGAGGUUCAAGUAUUGGGUCCGGAUCAAAUGCCUCGUAGGGUUGAAAUUCAGGAUCUCGGGGAUGGGAAAUACAAGGCGACUUACUUGCCCGACGACUGCGGCCGUUACAAGGUCAACGUGAAGUACGGGGAUAAAGAGGUACCCGGGUGCCCGAUAUUCGUGCAGAGCGUGUCCACCGGAAAAGCCGAGAAAUGCAAGAUCAAAGAGGGUAUUCAACACACUUUGGCUCAAGGCGAAGAGUAUUGCAUUACUGUGGACACCGAAAAUGCGGGACGUGGCGCGGUGACCUGUCGUAUACGAUCUACUUCUGGAAGCGAGGUAGUGGAUAUCGACAUCGAGGACAACGGGGAUGGCACGGUGAACAUUUAUUACACCGUGGCGGAUGCCGGUGACUACACUCUCAAUAUUAAAUUUGGUGGUCAACCGGUACCGGAAGGAUUUUAUACGUUCACAGCCUCAGAGGAAUAUCGAGAGCAUAGCACGCAUAAAACCCAGAGAGCGAAGAGGACUAGGCAGAAGCAGGAGCAACGCAUAGUAGAGCAACACUCUUCCACUAUCCAAGAAAGUUCGACCGUAUCGAAGAAGAACUUCGACGUAGUCCGAUUGAACAACAUCCUUUUGCCGUUGCUCGAGGGAACCGUAACGUCCGAAGUAAAAAUGCCGAGCGGGAACAUGGAUAAACCGGUGAUCGAGGACAAUCACGACGGCACAGUGUCCAUCAGAUACGAUCCCAGGGAAGAAGGGCAGCACGAGCUUUCGGUCAAAUUCAAUGGCGAACAUGUUCAAGGUUCACCGUUCAAAUUCCACGUGGAUUCGUUGGCGAGCGGAUACGUGACUGCGUACGGGCCAGGUUUAAUAUACGGCGUAUGCGGCGAGCCGGGGAACUUCAACAUCUCGACGAAAGACGCAGGAGCCGGUGGGCUUUCGUUGUCGGUGGAAGGACCCAGCAAAGCUGAGAUCUCCUGCCACGACAACAAGGAUGGAACGAUCUCGGUCUCGUAUCUACCAACCGCCCCUGGGGAGUACAAAAUCGGCGUGAAAUUCGGCGACAAACACAUUCGGGGCAGCCCUUACGUUGCCAAAAUCACAGGCGAGGGCCGGAAGAGAAAUCAAAUCUCGGUUGGUUCAUCGAGCGAGGUCCAGUUACCGGGCAAAGUGACGGACUCCGACAUAAGAUCGUUGAACGCCUCGAUCACGGCCCCGAGCGGCCUCGAGGAGCCCUGCUUCCUCAAGAUGAUGCCCAACGGGAACAUGUGCGUCUCGUUCACCCCCCGCGAGGCCGGCUCUCACACGGUCGCUGUGAAGAAGCUGGGCAAGCACAUCCAGAACUCUCCGUUCAAGAUCGACGUGAAGGACAGGGAGGUGGGGGACGCGAAGAAGGUGAAGGUGUCCGGGUCCGGCUUGGCGGAGGGGAAAACCCACGUGGAGAACUUCUUCUCGAUCGACACGAGGAACGCGGGUUUCGGCGGCCUCUCGUUGUCGGUCGAGGGGCCAAGCAAGGCGGAGAUCCAGUGCAAGGACAACGAGGACGGCACGUUGAACAUCUCUUACAAGCCGACCGAGCCCGGCUACUACAUCAUCAAUCUGAAAUUCGCCGACCACCACGUGGAGGGCUCGCCGUUCACCGUCAAGGUGACCGGGGAGGGUAGCAACCGGCAGAGGGAGAAGAUCCAAAGGCAGAGGGAGGCCGUGCCGAUCACGGAGGUGGGAAGCCAGUGCAAGCUCACGUUCAAGAUGCCCGGCAUCACGUCGUUCGACCUAGCCGCCACCGUCACCUCCCCGGGGGGCGUGACCGAGGAUGCGGAGAUCAAGGAGGUGGAGGACGGCCUGUACGCGGUCGCCUUCGUGCCCAAGGAGCUCGGGGUGCACACCGUCUCGGUUCGAUACAAGGAGAUGCACAUACCCGGGUCCCCGUUCCAAUUCACCGUCGGCCCUUUGAGGGAUGGCGGGGCGCACAGGGUGCACGCGGGCGGACCCGGGUUGGAAAGGGGCGAGCAGGGAGAGCCGUGCGAGUUCAAUAUAUGGACGAGGGAGGCCGGGGCUGGUACUCUGGCCGUGUCCGUCGAGGGACCCAGCAAAGCUCAGAUCGACUUCAAGGAUCGAAAAGACGGCAGCUGUUACGUCAGCUACGUCGUUUCCGAGCCUGGCGAAUACAGGGUAGGAAUAAAGUUCAACGAUCAACAUAUACCCGAUUCCCCACACAAGGUUUACGUGUCACCGGCGAUGGGCGACGCUCAUAAGCUCGAAGUGGCGCAAUUUCCGGAAUCCGGCGUGCAACCGGACAAGCCAGCCACUUUCCUUGUUCGCAAAAAUGGUGCCAAGGGUGAACUCGACGCGAAGAUAGUGUCUCCAAGCGGUAUCGAAGACGAUUGCUUCAUUCAAGGGAUCGACUCGGACACUUACUCGGUCCGAUUUAUGCCGAGAGAAAAUGGGAUUCACAAUAUCCACGUAAAAUUCAACGGCGUCCAUAUGCAGGGCAGUCCAUUCCGCAUCAAGGUCGGGAAAGUGGAAGCGGAUCCGGCCGCGUUACACGCAUACGGUAACGGUUUGAAAGAGAUAAAAACCGGGCAAAAGACAGACUUUAUCAUCGACACCUGCAACGCCGGAAGUGGUGCGCUGUGCGUGACCGUGGACGGACCUAGCAAAGUCGCGAUGGACUGCACGGAAGUCGAGGAGGGUUACAAAGUUAGGUACACGCCUUUGGUACCUGGCGAUUAUUACAUAAGCAUCAAAUACGAUGGAUAUCACAUUGUCGGCUCACCGUUCAAGGUUCCUUGCACCGGUGCGGAUCUAGCGGAAAGGGGUGCUCAAGAAACAAGUUCGAUCGUGGUCGAAACCGUUCAAAAGAUUUCGAAGGCGAAACAAGUAGGACCAGUUUUACCACUGUUCAAAUCGGAUGCCACUAAAGUAACGAGCAAAGGAAUGGGUCUGAAGAAGGCAUACUUGGGCAAACAGAAUGUCUUCACUGUGAACGCUAGCGACGCUGGCAAUAACAUUCUCUACGUCGGCGUGUACGGGCCUAAAGGACCGUGCGACGAGGUGUCGAUGAAGCACACGGGGCGCAACAAUUACAACGUGAACUAUUUGGUCCGCGAAAGGGGAGAGUACAUCGUUAUUGUAAAAUGGGGGGACGAGCAUAUCCCUGGAUCACCGUACAAGGUCGAAGUAUAGACGAUGGCGUGUGCGUUUCGAUCGAUCGAGGAAACAAAACUGAAACGUUACGUUAUUCCAACGAAACUCUACGAUAGUUUUGCUUUAUACCAUGGCCAGACUCUCUCUUAUAUCGAUUGUUCCAUUUUUAGAAUUGAAGUAUUUAUCUACUUGAACGAAUAGAAUAAUAAAAAUUGUUGAUCUAGGGAUGAUAAUGUUUGAAAUAGGAAAAUGUGUUUCGUAUAUUUUCUCUCUCUCUCUCUCUCUCUCUUUUUUUGAUAGUUUUCUCAACGUCGCUACAAUGUUACGUGUACAUAUGUAGCUUUUUCUCUCGUCCUGAAGCAAUACAGGUAUUGUGCGUCUGAUAUAUACAAUUAAGUGAUAAUAUAUAAAAAAAAAAAAGAAAGUGAAUACGGACGCCACGACGACAACACUGAAAAAUUAAAAAAAAAAAAAAAAA